GAACGCCCCAUAGGCUGAACAGAGGCCGAACACAAGGAAGUGAAACUAACCCUGUCACGCAGCCAUGGCCGCAGACAGCUCUGUACUAAGUCUCCAGGAUGAACUCUCUUGUUCCAUCUGCCUGGAGUAUUUCAAAGAGCCGGUGUCUAUCCACUGUGGGCACAACUACUGCCGAGCCUGCAUCAGCCAGUGCUGGGGUGAGACAGAUACAAACUUCACCUGCCCGCAGUGCAGAGAAACCGCCCAGCAGAAGCUUUUCAGGCCCAACAGGGAGCUGGGGAAAGUUGUGGAAAUAGCCAGGCAGCUGAGUUUCCAGGUCACAGUAACCGCAGGAGGGGAGCAAGGGUGUGAGCUACACCGGGAGGCCCUGAAACUCUUCUGUGACACGGAUCACCAACUGAUUUGUGUGAUCUGCAGAGAGUCGCAAGUUCACAGAACUCACACUGUUUUCCCAGUAGAGGAGGCCACCCAGCAGUACAAGAAACAAAUCCAGACCCGGCUGCAGACUCUGAAGAAAGAGAGAGAAAAGCUCCUGGGGUUGAAAGUGUCAACAGAAGGGAGAAGCCGGGAGUAUCUGGUACGUGUCCACUGUUAUCACCCAGCAGACACAUGGGGUGGGAGUCUGUCUCCCUGGAUGAGUGUGGGUAUGGGCGGGUGUGUGUGUGUGUCUCUCUCACCACAUCUGGUGGGAUCGCGGGGAACCAAUACACAAGUCAGUUCCUGCCUGGAGAUGGUCUCACAUGGCUUAAACUGACCUUUGCCCUCCCUGAAUUCUGGGCCCUCCGUGCAAGUUAGAGCAGCCACGUGGCUGCACAAGCUGACUCUGGCUCCUCCAGGGGCUUGAGUAGCAGAGACCAGCUGGGAUGCAGUGGGCUUUUUCCACACUGCUGUUGUACCUCUUAUUCCAUGGGCUGGAAGCAGAACUAUUGAAGAAGUUGAAUGCCAUUCUCCACUGGUCGAGGCAACCCACAGCACAGGGUUAUUCUCAGCACGGUUUAAAAAGGCCUGAGAAUCGGGCUUCCCGUGUCUGUGCAUGUCGCCCUCUGGGGAUAUCCCUGUCUCUCCAUGGGCUGGAUUGUGCCAGUGAUUUCUGCCCUUUAGUGGGGCUGGAGCAAAUCCGCAGGCUCUCAGAACAGCCCUGAGGGAGC